AUGGCAGACUCGACCAUGGUGUCAACUGCAAGUCAGGCUGCUACAGAACGGACCCCCACUGAUGUCGAACUUUCGGGAGUCUCCUUGCCGUUAAUUCGUUCCAUCUGCUACAACCAAAUAUCCAUGCUGAUGCUUUCGACUGCCGCAAUUGCUGGCUUAUCCAUGCUCCUGAGCUGGAACUUUGAAGCUCUUGACAUGUCUUUGCUUCAAUGGAAUGGUGGCCAAGGUCUUCAUUCCAUCUUUGACUUAAGCCCGACACCCUUUCAGAUGAUAGAAGGGAUGGUCGCUGUUGCUCCAUUGAUUGGCUUGGAACGACUUCUGGAAGAGUCCGAUGACCAAGGUGCCAUCCAAUCAGGCUUCGCUACAAGCAACAUGGUUCUAAGUCUGUUUGGUAGAAGAAGGUCUGUCGAAGACAUUGAAGGGACUGCUCCUGAACUCAUGGCGGUACUAGCACUAGGCAUUGCCUUGUGCACUGGACUUUCGGAAGAACUAAUGUUCCGGUCUUAUGCCCCCAGUGCUUUGUUCAGUCUGUCCAAUUCUAUAAUGAUUUCAGUUUUGGGUCAAGCUAUCAUGUUUGCGCUUGUCCACGUCUCGCCAUCAGCGAACGCUAGCCAAAACAGAGUCAUGGGAGGCCUUCAGUUUACCAAUGGACUUUGGUAUGGUAUGUUCUACCAAAUGACAGGUGGCGAUAUCCUUCCAUGCAUCAUUGCUCAUGUCGUCCACGACAUGUACAUAUUUUGUUCGUCCUGGGACACCAUCAAUAAUCAGAUGGACUAUACAGAAGAAGCUUACAAGAAGUCAUUGCCUCAAAGUGAGGAAUCUGCCAUGUCAAAGUUGCAGGAAAUGGCUGGCCCUGUAUUGAACAGAGAGACUCUCAACUUUGCCAGGCGAUUCUUCUACGCCUUUGACUCCAAGCAACAAGGAAGUCUAUCUCUCCAAGACGUUCAACGAGCGGUAGACUACGCCUUCCUCAAAGAAGAAAACCCUCCUAAACCGCAAGUGGUGAAAGAGAUGUUCAACACCUUGCUUCAAGCACGAGUCACAACCGAACUUCCAUCCAAACGAGUGGGUGUUUCCGAAUUUUUAUGUCUGCUAUUUGCGCUCAAGUCCAACACUCCAAUCAUGACAUUGGAGUAG